AUGGGGUUGCCUGAUGUGUUUUGUAAUUGGAUCAAGGCUUGUAUUACCACCCCUAUGUACUGUGUUUGCUUGAAUAGUAGUUUAGUGGGGUAUUUUAAAGGGGCUAGGGGGAUUAGACAAGGGGAUCCUCUAUCCCCUUAUCUUUUUGUUAUUGUAAUGAAUGUCCUGUCCUCCCUAUUGAAUGUUGCUGCCAAUAGAGGAAUUUUUAGAUUCCAUCCUAAGUGCAAGAGAGUCUCUCUCACUCACCUUUGCUUCACGGAUAAUCUGUUAGUCUUUUGCCAUGGUUUUCUUGAGUAUGUGUUGGGAGUGCAGAGCACUUUAGAGAAAGCUACUGGAUUUAAGAUUGCGCAGCUCCCUGUUAGGUAUCUUGGAGUACCCCUUGUUACUCGUAAACUCACAGGGAAGGACUGCUCUGCUCACUUGGAACGUAUUAAAGGUUGUGAUGCCCCUGCCAGAGGUGCUCGUGUAAGUUGGAGCCAGAUUGCAUGGUUACAUGCAUACUGUCUUAAAGCUGUAAGCUUCUGGGAAGUUGAGUACAAAGCCUACUUCAGCUGGAUUUUGAAAAAGCUGCUGAAGCUUCGUGAAGAGGCUAGGAAUUUGUUUAUUCCUUGUUCUAAUUGGAACCUGAUCAAGGGUAAAUGGCUUUGGGACCAGAUUAGAGUUCGUGCAGAGAAAGAUAGUUGGCAUAGGAUCAUUUGGUUUCCUGCUCAUAUUCCGAUAUUCUCCCUUAUUGCUUGGAUGACCACCCUUGAUAGACUGCCUACGAGAGAUAGUCUGAUUCGAUUUGGUUUGGUCUUGGAUAAUGGUUGUGUCCUGUGUGGGUCUAGGAUUGAGUCUCGUGACCAUCUCUUUGCUGAUUGCUCCUUUGCUGAAGAAGUUUGGAAUGUUGUGCAGGUCUCCUGUGGGAUUCAUCCUGCUUUGCUUAAAUGGAAUGAUCGCCUUCAAUGGCUGAUUGUUAACUUGAAGGGUAAAUCUCUCAGGGUGAGGAUUCUAAAGCUCGGCUAG